UGCGGCGGCUGGUGGGGAUGAGGCGGGUAGUGGUGAUGAGGCGGGUAAUGACACAGAUCCGUCAUCCUGGUGGCGCGCGGGCUACGAGGGCGAUGGCACGACGCACGAACAGCUUGGACAGGUGCACUGGCCUCCUGUCGAGUACACAAAGUACAAGGGGCGUCCCAACUACACCCGCGAUUUUACCUCACCAACCACAUCCCUGAAUUUUGUCUACAACUUUACGAAAAGUCUCUUCCGGCUGGUGUUCACCGACGAUCCGCCGCUGCCACAGAAAUAUAUUAUGGUGUUGGGCGAUGACGUGCUGGCCCUGGGCCCCAAGGUGGAGCGGAACGAUUGGACCGAUCUGUUGGCUCGCUACUGGUUGCUGCUUUUCUUCGUGAUAUUCUUCAUGGCCGGCAUCAUUCUCAUCCCGUGUAUAGGUGUAUGCUAUUGCUGCCUCUGCUGCUGUCGUCGGUGCAAGCAGGGAUGUCCGGCAUGCACUGUCGCAAGGGACUUCAAGCGGCGCAUCUGUUGCGGCAUAUGCCUAGCGAUACUUAUCUUGGGCUUAUGCUUUGGCGUCUAUAUUGCGUUUGUGUCGAACAAGUUUUUGGAUCGGGGAUUUGACGAUACUUCAAUGACAAUGCGGCGCGGCAGCGAGGACACUUGCUCCUUUCUGAAGGAUGUGGCUAAUCACAUCACGCAUCUUUUUUUGAAAAACUUUAUGGAAUUGGAGACGCACAUUAUCGAUGUAUUGGAACAUGCGGAUAAACACAUCUUCCUUGACCUCGCGGAUACAUCCGACAGCAAUGCGCUGGCUGAAUUAGAGCGCAUCUUAGACAACAUGCCAGAAGCUCUAAUCAUCAUGCGUAAUCUGGAUGUGUUGGAGAAGGAAUUACGCAUGUAUGGGUCCCAAUAUCGAGACUGUCUUCGAGGAGUGAAACGAGACAUUAACCAUGCAUGCGCCGUUUUAUGCCAAAGAACCGACACCUGGUCUUUCAACCGCUAUAACGAAAUUCCGGAAUUAGGCUAUGCGAAAUGCCUACACUAUGAUCAGAUUCCCAAUACAACUGUCUAUGUGGAGGGUAUCGAAACGAUUAUUAAAGAGAAAUAUUUUGAAAUACCGAAGAGAGCAUUGGUUCGCCUAAAAGAAGUAAGUGACAAAAUCCGUAAGCAGAUGGAACUCAUCAUCCCGCCAUUGAAGCGAGAUAUCGGCAGGGGGCAUGGUACCCUUUUUGGAUAUGCCUCAAAAAUACGCAACAUAAUUGAGGCAGUGAUCAGUGAUAUUCACCUCAAUACCAAGCGUUCCACAAAGACUUACGACGAUGUCUACGAAAAGCUUGGCCAAGAUCGCGAUGAUAUAUACGAAAUUACAUGCGUCUUAACCUUUAUACUUAUUAUAAUCCUGAUAUUGGCACUCUUGUGCGGCUGCAUCGGUCCAAGUCGGACGGCAGCUGGUGGACUUGGAUUCUGCAGCAAGUCAACGGGCGCCUCCUGUCUGCUAAUGGCCAUGAUUCUAAUAUUUAUUAUUUACUCGUUCGUUACGCUGGUUGGACUAUUCUACUUGCUCAUCGGGGUGGUUACCUAUGAGGGAGCCUGCGCCCCGACGAGCGAAGGCGAUAAGAAUACACUCUUUCGGGUGCUGGACGCAAAGCUAGAUGUUAGCAGAUUGUUGUCGCUCACAGGUGAAGAUUUCGUUUUGCCUCCCAUGCGUAUGUCGAAUGCCAUCAGGAACUGCAAGGCAAAUGAGUCCAUCUUUCACCUGCUGCAAGUGAAUAAUCUUUUCAAUGUCGACGACCUGACACGCCUGCAGUUGUCACUCGAUGACCCCAAAGAAACUAAGCAGUUUACCGACGAUCUGUCAAUGCUGUACCUCUUGACUGACGAGGAAAAAAAGCGACUUCGUGAAAUGCGUAAAGGUAAUCUCUCCACCUACCACGGCAGCUCAUACCUACCACACCUAUGCACUCGUUAUUCAACUUACCCUAUGGUACCCAAUAUUGCGAAUCAGUUGCGAGUAAUCGCCGAAGAAGUCCUUGUCAGUAAAUUAAAUUAUUAUACGUACCAUGAUGGUGACCCGCCCGACUAUAAGGGAUAUAGCACCUACCAUUAUUACUACUGGAAUGCUCACGUGUCUUUCCAUAACAGUCGCAUUGAUGUCGAAAAGAUGUAUAACACAUAUAACGACAGACUAGUACAGACAACGAAUACGAUGAAGCGCCAUGUUAAGAAGAUCAGUGAACUCAUUUUGUACGAGAACUUAGAUUUUGGCGAUUCAAUUGAUAUCUUGCUCUCUAGGAUAUUAAGGGCUGAGAAGUUUAUCCAAAAACAAGGCAAGGAGUAUAUCAAUAAUCUUGCCAAGAAUCUUACCGACGCCAUCAACAGCCAGAUCCGCGAAUACAUAGAUAUGAUAAUUAGUGAAUCCAACAAAAAUGUCGGACAUUGCCAGCACCUCGCCUACAUUUACUAUCGUGGCGUUCGUUUCGUUUGUGAGCGCCUGGUGAAUCCCCUAAAUAGUGCCUGGGUGGGCUUGCUGCUGUGCUCCUUGCUCUUCCUGCCGAUACUCUUCGUAUGCCAUCGUCUGAUGUGCUUGUACCUGAUAAUAUAUCCUGCGGGCCCAGUGGCAGUUGGCCACGAUUGUCCAAGGUGCAGAGCUCGAGCAUAUACCCCACGUCCGCUUGGUACUGAUUUCCCCGUUGGCAUUCCCCACCCUCCAAGACGUUUGCUGCAGCAGCAGCCAGCAACGUUGCAGAUGCAUGUGGAGAAGCGCAAGCGGAAGAAAGCGUAGAAGGAUCGCUCCCCCCAUGUUGUUGCUGUUGAAUUCUAAAGGAAUUGUGGACAAUUCUGAUCCAAUUUGAUAAUUUUAUUUGGGUUCCAAAAUACACAAUGUUUUCAC